UUCUGGGCCGCCCUGCUGUCGGUACGGCACACACAAGCACACAUUCAGAGAAAGAGCGCGCGGAGAACAGCGUGCGUACCGUGACCGAGAGCGCGAGCCCAGAGCAGCCUUUGCGCGUGAUACAGCCCGCGUCUCUAGGCGACCGAACCGUCAUCUUUCCGUUCGGCUCAGCUGCACCGGGACCGUGUUAAACAUCCGGUGCAUCAUUCCAUCAUUGAGCUCCGGUAUGGACUAACGGGUUCAUUCGCUACAGCAACGGGCGGCAGAACGUCUGUUUAUCGGUGACAUGCCGCAGAUGUCGUAAAAGGAAACCUCGCCGUUUAUUUCGGAAGCUCGGGAUUGUUUUUGUUUUCGUGGAUUAAACUCGUGUCCGGGAUGGGGAAGGAGCAGGAGCUGCUGGAAGCGGCGCGGACGGGUAAUGUGGGGCUGGCGGAGAAGCUCUUGAGUGGGAAGAAAGGAUUGCUGGGAUCGGGCUCCGGCUCCAUACCUCUGACCGGUUUACUCAGUAUGUGGAGAGGACUCAAUGUGAAUUGUGCAGACAGCUCUGGAUACACACCUUUGCACCACGCAUCUCUGAAUGGACACAGGGAUGUGGUGUUGAAGUUGUUGCAGUAUGAAGCCUCUACUAAUAUGGCAGACAGCAAGGGAUGUUUUCCUCUGCAUCUGGCAGCGUGGAGAGGUGACGUGGACAUAGUCCAGAUCCUUAUUCACCACGGACCAUCCCACAGCAGGGUUAAUGAACAGAACCAUGAGAAGGAGACGGCCCUGCAUUGUGCCGCUCAGUACGGCCACUCCGAGGUGGUCCGCGUAUUGCUACAGGAGCUGACGGACCCCAGCAUGAGGAACAGCCGAGGGGAGACGCCGCUGGACCUCGCCGCCCUGUACGGCCGCCUGCAAGUAGUCCGCAUGCUGCUGAGCGCCCACCCCAACCUCAUGAGCUGCAACACACGCAAACACACGCCUCUCCACCUGGCUGCGAGAAAUGGCCAUCACUCUACCGUCCGGGUGCUGCUGGAGGCCAGGAUGGACGUAAACACGCAGACGGAGAAAGGCAGUGCGCUUCAUGAAGCCGCUCUUUUUGGAAAGAUGGAUGUAGUUCAGCUUCUGCUUGACUCAGGGAUUGAUGCCAACAUUAGAGAUUGCCAAGGCAGAACUGCUUUAGAAAUACUACAAGAGCACCCAUCUCAGAAAUCACUGCAGAUUGCUUCUCUCAUACAAGAUUAUAUGAUGUCAGAUUAUGACAAAGGAAAUUUUCAUGAAGAGCUAAUACAUCAGCGUCCAGUACCAAUACCCCGCACGUCUAUAUCCUCUCCUGUGCCAUCGCCAUCCCUGAGACAUAAAAAUGAUGCAGUAACAGGAGAAUUGUCCAAGUUGCUGAAUGAAAUAAAAAGCUGCCGUGACAAGGAUUGCUCCUUUGAGGAGCUGUGUCAAACUAUAUCUUCUCACUCUCAAUCCAUGGAGAGUUUCAGCAGCGGACGACUGUCUGACGAAGAAAGGAACGGCACGCUCACUCGAAUUAACAAGCGGCCCACUCCUCCGUUGCCCCCGGCGAUGGAAGAAGAGGAAAAGAGCUGUGGUCCAUCAGGCCUGUGGGAGGCGCUCACUCCCUGCAACGGCUGCAGAAACCUGGGCUUUUCUCAGGACAAGCGAUGUGGUGAAAUUGCUCAUUCUCCGUCACUGGAUGUCUUUUUACCGGUGGAUGAGGACAACCCUUACGAGUCAGUGGCCACAGCUGUCACACGCAAACCUUGCUCUCUGGACAUCCACCUUCACAACGCCAGCCCUCGCAACGGCCACUUCUCGCAUGUGUCGGCCAGUGAUGCAGAGCGAGGUAACCAUGGCGACGACUCUACAGGCCUGACUCCUGACUGCUCGCCUCCUUCACCUGAUACGGCCCUGAGGAACAUCGAGAGAGUCAUCCGCCCCCAGCCAAAGCAGCGGACCUCACUAUCCUCUUCCCAGGACGUACAGAAGCCUGUGCAGAACCACAGUGGUGAGCCCUCAGAGGUCAGUUCAUCACUCGGCUACGCUAGCUUCAGCACCAGCCCGCCCGCCAGCCCCCCUAUCAGCCCCGCCAACUGCUCAACGGGGUCAGCUGAAGACUACGGCCUCACCGAUGAGGCAACCAACCAGAAAGAGUGCAUAGAACGAGACGAAAGAAGAAACAGCCACGUUCCUGAGCAGUUUGCCGGACUCCUCCAUGGUUCUUCUCCUGCCUGUGAAUCACCGGACAAUCCCUACCAGCUUUACGGCAACGUCAGGAAGUUCAGCGUUCCCGAGCCUCCCCUCCGGCACGGGAAUCUGCUCCGAGCGCCCGAGUACCCUCCCCCGUUCCCGCGCACAGCCAGCGAGGCGUCUGCGCUCAAAAGCCAGAGGGAAUCCAAACCGCAGAUAGUCUACAGGACGGUUUUUCACACCCGGGUCAAUCAGACUCCGGUAACGCCCGACGAACAGGGUGACCGGUCCAGGGCGCACGGGAGGAACGGAGAGGCCCGGUGCAACAGCACGGGCGGCUCGAGCCCAUCCAGCAACGCCGCAGGCUACGAGGAAAGAGCCUGCACUCUAGGAAGGAUGCGCUCCAUCCCCAAAAAUGUUUUGGACCUUCAGCUGUCUAGGAAUUUCUCCAAGUCAGACUCUAACCUAGUAGCCGUGUCACCUAUUGAGGAGGAGCAGUGGAGUUCCAGAGGGCAGAUCAGCCCUGGUAAAAACAGCCCCGGUAAAAACAGCCCCAGCCGACUGGAAAGAACCCCCUCCUUUACAGCGGAGUGGGAGGAGAUCGACAAGAUCAUGAGCUCCAUAGGUGCUGGAAUUGGCACAGAGCUGGAGGAGGUUACAGAGUCUCACUCAGGUCCCCGCUGCCCCGUCCAAUCCGUGGGACAGUGGUUGGACAACAUCGGCCUGGUGCAGUAUGAAAACCACCUGCUGGCUAACGGCUUUGACAACGUUCAGUUCAUGGGCAGUAAUGUGGUGGAGGACCAGGACCUGCUGGAGAUCGGGAUUUUAAACUCCGCCCACAGACAGCGGCUCCUGCAGGCCAUCCGUCUGCUGCCCAGGGUGCGACCCAUCGGCUACGAUGGAAAUAACCCCACUUCAGUGGCUGAAUGGCUGGAGUCUCUUGAGCUUGGAGAUUACACCAAAUCUUUUCUCAUUAAUGGCUACACCUCAAUGGAGCUUGUCAAGAAGAUCUGGGAGAUCGAGCUCAUCAACGUUCUUAAGAUUAAUCUGAUCGGCCACAGGAAAAGAAUACUCGCCUCCCUCGGAGAUCGAUUGCACGAAGACCCACCGCAAAAACCACCACGGGCUAUCUCUCUAAGGGAGCCAACUGGGAACCACACUCCCCCUCAGCUGUCCCCGUCCCUGAGUCAGCCUUACCCCAACGCCGGAUCGCUGGACGUCCAACACCUCAUCAUGCAGGCCGAUGCCCGACGCAGACGCAACGAAAACUACUUUGAGGACGUGCCGCGCUCCAAACUAGAAAGGCAGAUGGCACAAGUCAGUAUGCAAGGAGAAUGGUGCGAGCCAAUCACGUUACGGCCUCCCAAUGAAGCGACGUCAUCUACGCCUGUGCAGUACUGGCAGCACCAUCCCGAGAAGCUUAUAUUCCAGUCAUGUGACUACGAAGCGUAUUAUUUGGGGUCCAUGUUGGUGAAGGAGCUACGCGGUACAGAAUCAACGCACGACGCCUGCGCAAAAAUGAGGAAGUCUACAGAACAAAUGAAGAAGAUUCCCACCAUAGUACUGUCUGUGUCCUAUAAGGGCGUCAAGUUUAUUGAUGCCACAAACAAGAACAUUAUAGCAGAGCAUGAGAUCAGGAAUAUCUCAUGUGCAGCACAGGAUCCAGAAGACCUCUCAACGUUUGCAUACAUCACUAAGGACUUGAAAUCCAGCCAUCAUUACUGCCAUGUCUUUACAGCUUUCGAUGUGAAUCUGGCCUAUGAGAUUAUCCUGACGUUGGGCCAGGCGUUUGAGGUGGCGUAUCAGUUGGCCCUGCAGGCCAGAAAGAGCGGCCACGGGUCCUCGACUCUACCCGAGAGCUUUGACAGUAAACCCUCCAAACCUGUUCCUAAACCUCGCGUCAACAUACGCAAAUCUAUGGAGCAGCCCUCAAUGGAUCAAAAGGGCCACGCCAAUGUCCCCUGGAUAGUCGAGCCAGGACAGGAAGCCAAAAGAGGAGCCAACACCAAAGAGCGCCCUCUAGAGGCCCCCCACGGAGCCACGGGCCCAGUGACCUGUGACAAGCCCGCGUCUCUCCGCCCGGCCCAGCCCGCCCGUUUACCGUGGCCUCUGCAUGAUGACGCUGCCGCUGUCUUUUAUCUUUCCCCCUAUCUCUCUCACUCCCUCACCUGUCCGGCCGCAGCACGAUACGGGACUGUCCCGCUCAGGCCGUCACGCUGCCAAUCAGUCUCUCCUCCAAAACACGAAAAAAGUGUUGCAAGCGGUUGUUUUUCAUUCAAUUUCCCCCCCUUUCCCUUUUUUGUUUUACCUUUCCUCUUCGUUUCCGCUUUUCUUUCCUUCGCUUCUUUGGGAAGCUCCUCUCCGGCCUUUUCCCUUUGGCCGCACCCAUGCCCCCUCGACUGCUUGAAUGACAACUUAAAACCGUAAUGCUGCUACAAGCCUUUUAAACAUACGUGUUGUUAUUAUAGUCGGGAUGUAUUUUCUCGCUGGACAGCGUGGUCAGCGUAGGGAAACAGAGAGAUUUUUGAGGCGGGCAUCCAUUGCGGCUGGCGUAGAAGUGGAGAUCGGACUUCACUGAAGGACAUUUUGCUUGUCUUGUUUGUGCGAAGUUUUAAUUUUAAGUAUCAGCGAAUGCUCUAAAAACGAAACUGCUGUAAUUUCAGAACCCUUAUCGAGGGGAUUUUUUUUGUCAGAUUAACCAGACUGCCCUCAGAGGCAGAAUGGUGCUUUGUCUUUUCUAAACAGCACACGACUUAAGAGCUUGUUUUUAAACGUCAGUCUAAGCAUAAAACUAAUCUGAUGCCUAUCUAGACAGGUAGUUUCUCAGAUAGCAUUUUACAGAAGCUUAUUUUAAGACGAGACAUUCGCAACUCGUCUCUCGAAGCGCGCGUUGUUCUUUUCCUUUCUUUCUGAAUUUUUUCCGUUGUGUUUCCUUUCUCUUUUUUGAUUUUGGCUAUGAAUGAAAAACCCGAGCCAGUCCCCGAGACAUGCAGUGUAGGUGAUGGAAAGCAUGCAGUCCAUGUCAACUGGAGAAGGGGGGGCCUUUUUUGAUGGACACAUUGGAUAAGUCAUGUGAUUUUAUUCACAGGGCAAUGGCGGACGCCCAUGUCUAUUACAGUGGAAUUCAGAGAAUGUAGCCUGCCCCUAACAUGGACCCCCUAUCACAUGCAUUGCUAAAAAGGACUACCAAUACGGACCUUAAAGCGCGGGGCCUCUCGUAAAGCACGUGUAAGGAUACACGCCAAGACUUUUUCAACGGGAACUCGACGUAUGUUUACGAGGACUACUGAUGCGGACCCGUGGCCUUUCGCUAAAUAACUCGCAUGCACGAGCGCACGUACACUGCAUAGGACUAACAGGAGGAUUCUGUCCAUUCGAAUGUACACUUUUCAAAGGACGCCGGCCAUCGUAGAACUUUGUUGCUUUGCCGUGGAGACUCUGACACACUACACUGACUUUUUCCUAAAUAUCUAGUCCAAAUUACAACGGCAUGUCUGGACUGGGAUAAAAAUGGACAUUGUUUGAUUUGCUGUACUUUUGGUUUUCUUUCCUUUGUCUUUCUUAUGUUCAUUUGUGGUUAACGAUAUAAAAUAAAUAUGCACAAUGUGAAUGGACUUAUUGCACUGGGCAACCAUGAAAUGGUUUCGUCUCGUGCCAAAAAUCACUAAGAAACGGUCGUUGACAUACUUGGCAACGCCAUACAAGAUUACUAUUCAUAUUGGCAAGACGUUUUAAUGUUUAAUAGAGAACUAUAUUACCAUUACUGUAAUAUUUGCAAUUAUUCUUAUUGUGCAAUUCCUGUCUGAUGUCGUCUUAAUGUUACAUUAUUUUUAUAUGAUACGUCGAGCUUGAAUAUGCAGCCAUCCUAAGAAAACAAAAAAUACUAUUCUAGUACCACAGAGAUACCGAAUGUGCGGAUGGCGCCACUAUAAAAAAAACAGAUAUCUUAUUUUCACUCAUUGUUACUGUAGAAUUUUUGCCACAGUUCUGUAAAUAAAUAUUUUGUUGAAUCAUUGUUCAUAUAUGUAAUGUAAAUUAAAACUAUGAAAAAAACAAAUGACAAUAAAUCACAUUGGUAAACAAGGUACCAAAUUUCACAGGUCAAAGUGCAACACUAAACAAAACAGUCAUUUUAGCAACAGGUGGAAUUGUGACAUCAUUGCAGACUAACACGUGUAGAUAGGCUUGGGCUUCCAGCACACACAUUUUGUAAGUUUGGUCUUAAUUUAUAUUCUUGCAAAGCACACAGAAUAAAUCAAGAUUGCAGAACCAUU